CACACGCGCAGUUUAUUUUUCUCUGCAACACACAGUCGGUCUAGACAUUAACAUUCAACGCGUCGCCGACUUAAACUACUAUAAAUUACCUGGAACCUCUUCGUCUUCCAUCCCCUCUCCAUCGAACGCCACUGUUCCCUCUCGGACCAACUGCUUCGUCUACCCCUCUUUGCACACACUCACGUAGACGAGAACUCUUUCCCUCCCGAACCACUCGAAGUUUUGCGAAAGAACUAUUUGCCUGUGUCAAUCAUGGCUGUGCGAGCACAGUUCGAAAACUCCAACGAAGUCGGUGUCUUCGCAAAUCUCACCAACUCCUACUGCCUCGUCGCCAUCGGCGCAUCCGAAAACUUCUACUCCAUAUUCGAAUCCGAACUUGCAGACCUCAUUCCUAUCGCACACUGUACCAUCGCGGGCACCCGUAUCGUCGGUCGUCUGACUUCAGGCAACAAGAAUGGCUUGCUAGUCCCCGUAUCCACCACCGAUCAAGAAUUACAACACCUGCGGAAUACAUUACCGGACUCUGUGAAAAUAGAAAGAAUCGAGGAGAGAUUAUCGGCACUGGGGAAUGUAAUAGCAGCGAAUGACCACGUCGCGCUCGUCCACCCAGACAUCGAACGAGAAACCGAAGAAAUCAUUGCAGAUGCUCUAGGCGUCGAAGUCUUCAGACAAACGAUUGCCGGAAACGUCUUGACAGGCUCCUACCUGUCUCUCUCGAAUCAAGGCGGCAUCGUCCAUCCCAAGACAAGUAUCCAAGAUCAAGAUGAACUCAGUUCAUUACUACAAGUACCGCUUGUGGCAGGUAGUGUGAACCGAGGAAGCUCUGUUGUGGGUGCAGGUAUGGUCGUAAAUGACUGGCUGGCAGUCACAGGAAUGGACACAACAGCCACAGAGCUGAGUGUUAUCGAAAGUGUCUUCAGACUUGGCGAAGGUGGCCCAGGUGGAUUGGACGCAAGAAUGAAUGCCAACAAGGAGAGCAUUGUCGAGAGCUUCUACUGAGUAUUGGACUGGAUUUCACCCGCGACUGCACGAUACGAAGCCCAUGGUUACUCUCAAAUCCGAAACGAGCAAUCUUGAGACGACUGUGUGCCACCAGGAAGGCCCAGUCACUGGCAAGAUCGCAGUCGAAGCGCAUCUUAACUCUCAAACUCAAGUCUCCCGCCAUAUUUAUCGUAUUCCCCGAAUAUGGGCUUCCUCUCGCACAUUUCCAUCAAAGUCCACAAGGGUUCCCGCUAUUCACGGGUCAGGCCAUUGAUUCCGCAGGCGACCAUUGAAAGAGUGGACUUUGGAAGUCAUAUGCCUACUCUGGCCAAAGUUGUCACCACGUUGGCGGAGGGCCAUCUCAGGGCCACUGGCGUAUUUAUCUCAGAACUGCGAGCGUCUGCUUCGCAUCAGACUGGCCGAGUCUCUGGCAGGUACAGCAAUGGCCAUGUCCAUGAUCAAGACCUUCGAAUUGAAUGAUAGCUAGUUACGGUGUUGCAUUGGAUGUGUGCAUCACUCUGCUCACCAUACUUUCAUACCCUGUCGAGCCUCUCAAGGCAAAUCAAAAUCUGCCGGGCCGAGAAGCCUUCAAUAUGCUUCCUGCUCUAAGAAAUUCUGCAUACUUCUCUUCUUCCUCGCAUCUUGAUGGACCUAGUUAGGAGCCCCA